AUGCAGCUCCGAGAGUUCUUACCCAAAGUAGUGAAUGGAGACCUGAUUGAGAUGCUGCAGAAAGCCCGUGCUGCAGAGACAAUGAAGGAGCGCCUUGGUCAGGAGCAGGAGCAACUGAGACAGGAGUGUCUGCACCUCCGCUCUCGCCUGGACGCAGCGCAGAGCGAGUGUCAGAAAGAGAGAGAGGUGAGAGCUGUCUGCUGCAUGCCCCUGCAGGAGAAGCUGGUUCUGAGGGAGCAGCUAUGGGAGAGUCGGGAGCAGCUGCAGCAGCAGGCUCAGUUCUGUACUGGGCUGGGGGCUGCCUCCUGCACCCUGCUGUGGAGCACCUCCAGUAAGGAGGAGGCAGUCAAAGACAUCCUGGCCGAUGGUAAGCUGCAGUCCUUCCUGAGCGUGGCGGGCCAGACCCUGGAGAGCUUUGUCAAGUCUCUGGAUGGGGAGGCCAAGGCCGAGCAGCAAGACUCCAACUCCCAUGAGCAGCAGUUUGUUCUGGCGCUGGCCGGAGUCGUCACCAACGUGGCGGCGGUGACGUGUGGGCGGGACUACCUGUCCAGCUCCGCCCAUGUCCUCCUGGAGACUCUGAUGCAGCUGCUGGAGCUCCUGAAGCCUGGGGUCUUCCCCAAACUCAAAGUGUUGAUGCUGAUGGCUCUGUAUAAUGUCAGUAUCAGUGUAAAGGGACUGAAGUAUAUCAGGGAGUUUCCAGGACUUCUCUCUCUCAUCUGGACCCUUUUGGAAGACGGGGACUCUGAGGUUUGCCUCCACGCCCUGCGGCUGCUCCAGUCAGUACUGCUGGAGGAGGCCCUGGUGGGGCCCGGGCUGCUGCUGGACGACCCCCUUCUUCCACUGGAGCGCAUACGCACUCUGGCCACCUCCAGCCGCCACCCGGCCCUGAGGCAGACGGCCCAGGAGACACUGGAUGACCUAGGCUCCCUCCGCACCUCCUUCUUGGACCCCCACGGCACCUCCUCCUCUGACCAAGUACAUGUAUAA